AUGGGGGUGAAGUUAUAUCCAUGCGAAAAGAUCGAAACCAAUUACAAGGUGACUGGAUGGAUUGAGGAUACUCUCUGCUACGAGUUCUGUAAAAUGCGAUCCUUGCUUCCAUGCAGGGUGCGGGUCAAGACCCAAGGUUGCCGCAAUUUGACCCCAGAAAACGACGUUCGAGCGAAACGAAGGGCGGCGGAAGACAGCGAUGCAGUCCAAGCAAUGUGGCUGUAGCGGGUAAGCAUUCUUUUCACUACCUAAUUUACCUCACAACCACAUCGCCUCUGAGCCUCCGAUAUAGGCUCUCAUUCCUCCUCGACAGCAUCAAAUCACACCGUUACCAAGAAAACGACGAGCUCAGGUGAGUCGUCUGCCAGUCACAGCUGAGAAGAAGGCUUAGUUAGAACAAACUCUGGUGCGUGUGUAUUCUGAUCAGUCUCUUUCAAGUCCUCUAUGCGAAGUAGUGAGACACAAAAGCCCAUCCGUUUCCAUAGUAUGUCCUCGUGUGUGUCUGCCGAUGUGACCUUGACAGGCUCAAGCACAGUGACCACAUCACGAAGCGUAACGAAAAGCGGAAGCCACCAGACGUCCUCAGUCACAAGAGAGCAACGGGACCUCAGGAUAGAACGUACGUGAGCCAGUGGGACUGUGCAGCUGCUACAAAAGGUCAGUCGUCUAUAUUCUCUCGUCAGGCACCGGCGGGCGGUAG